UCACACACACACACAUUCUCUUAAACACACCCUCUCACACUCACUCAGCCUCCACACACACUCACACUCUCACACAGAGACAGACAGAGCUGUACACACAGUCUGACAGCAGAAAGCUGGUGAAUAACGGGAGAGUCAGGAUGUGGGACCGCGGGGUUUUCUUACUGCUCAUGGCGCUGGCCUCGGCGGCGGCUCUGGAGGUGCCGUCGGACGAGGGUGCGGGUCUGCUAGCAGAGCCUCAGGUAGCAAUGUUCUGCGGGAAGCUCAACAUGCACAUCAACGUUCAGAACGGCAAGUGGGAGCUGGACCCCUCCGGCACAAAGGGCUGCAUCGGCACCAAGGAGGGCAUCCUUCAGUACUGCCAGGAGGUUUACCCAGAGCUGCAGAUCACCAACGUGGUGGAGGCCAAUCAGCCCGUCAGCAUACAGAACUGGUGCAAGAAGGGUCGCAAGCAGUGCCGCAGUCACGUACACAUUGUGGUGCCCUACCGCUGUCUGGUUGGAGAGUUCGUAAGUGAUGCCCUGCUGGUUCCUGAUAAGUGUAAAUUCCUGCAUCAGGAGCGUAUGGACAUCUGCGAGAGCCACCUGCACUGGCACACUGUAGCCAAAGAGUCUUGUGGCGACCACACUAUGAAUCUUCACGAUUAUGGGAUGCUGCUGCCCUGUGGUAUUGAUCGGUUCCGUGGGGUGGAGUUUGUGUGCUGCCCGGCAGAAACGGAGAGGGAGACAGACAGCGCCGACAUGGAGGAAGACGACUCUGAUGUCUGGUGGGGAGGAGCAGAGGCUGACUACACCGAUAACAGUAUGGCUCGGGAGGCGGAGCCAGUGGAGCAGACUAAGCCGGAACCUGCAGCAGUAGAUGAGGAUGAGGAGGUUGUUGAAGAAGAAGAAGAAGAGGAGGAGGAAGAAGACACUCUGGAUAAUGACCAGGAUGGAGAUGGAGAUAUGGAAGAUGACGAGGAUGAGGAAGAUGACGAGAUAAUCGACGAGCGCAAUGGCAACGAGCAGACCACCAGCGUGGCCAUGACCACCACCACAACCACUACUACUGAGUCUGUGGAGGAGGUGGUCCGAGAGGUGUGCUGGGCGAAUGCAGAGACAGGUCCGUGCAGGGCUAUGUUGCCCCGCUGGUAUUUUGUGAAGGAGGAGGGCCGCUGCGCUCCCUUCAUCUAUGGGGGCUGCGGAGGAAACCGCAAUAACUUUGAGUCGGAGGAGUACUGCCUCUCUGUCUGCAGCACUGUGUUGCCCACCACCUCCCCCAGCUCUCCAGAUGCAGUAGACCGCUAUCUGGAGACUCCAGCAGACGAGAACGAGCACACACACUUCCAGAAAGCCAAGGAGAGCCUGGAGGCCAAGCACAGAGAGAGAAUGUCUCAGGUGAUGAGGGAGUGGGAGGAUGCAGAGAGACAGUCUAAGAGUCUGCCUCGUGCUGACAAGAAGGCAGUCAUCCAGCACUUCCAGGAGAAGGUGGAGGCUCUGGAGCAGGAGGCAGCCAGCGAGAGGCAGCAGCUGGUGGAGACUCACAUGGCGCGGGUGGAGGCUCUGCUGAACGACCGCCGUCGCCUGGCGCUGGAGAACUUCCUCACCGCCCUGCAGGCGGAUGAGCCACGGCCACGUCAUGUGUUCAGUCUGUUGAAGAAAUAUGUGCGUGCUGAGCAGAAGGACAGGCAGCACACCCUGAAACACUUUGAGCAUGUGCGCGUGGUGGACCCCAAAAAGGCUGCCCAGAUUCGGCCUCAGGUGUUGACUCACCUGCGUGUGAUUGAGGAGAGGAUGAACCAGUCUCUGGGGCUACUGUACAAGGUGCCAGGCGUGUUGGAGGAUAUCCAGGAUCAAGUGGAACUGUUGCAGCGUGAGCAGCAGGAGAUGUCUGCGCAGUUGGCCUCUCUGCAGAGCGAUGUGAGGGUGAGUUACGGUAAUGACGCCCUGAUGCCGGAUCUGCCCGACAGCACCGCCGCGCUGGACCUGCUGCCCUCUGAGGACUCUCAGAGUCUGGGGCUCGACGGCCUGGGCUUCAUUCACCCCGAGAGCUUCAACCAGCCCAACACCCAAAACCAUGUUGAACCUGUUGAUGCUCGGCCCAUUCCUGACAGAGGACUGCCCACUCGCCCAGUGUCUGGGCUGAAGCCAGAGGACGUUCCUGAGCUGAGGAUGGAGGCGGAGGAGAGACACAGUGCUGGAUAUGAAGUGCACCACCAGAAGCUGGUGUUCUUCGCCGAAGACGUCAGCUCCAACAAGGGUGCUAUUAUUGGCCUGAUGGUUGGUGGAGUCGUCAUAGCAACCGUUAUUGUCAUCACCCUGGUGAUGCUGCGAAAGAAGCAGUACACAUCCAUCCAGCACGGGGUGAUCGAGGUGGAUGCUGCCAUCACUCCAGAGGAGCGCCACCUUUCCAAGAUGCAGCAGAACGGCUACGAGAAUCCCACUUAUAAAUUCUUUGAGCAGAUGCAGAACUAAGGCUCUGGUUUGCUAAAGCUGCAGCCCCCUCACCCCCAACCCAACCCCCCACUCCCCUUCCUCCUCCUCCUCCUCCUCCUUACCCCACUCUGGACAGUGUAGGGAAGGACUCGCUCCACGUAGUCCCCAUUGUCUAGCACGCUUAUUCACAAUUGGCCAUUUUCUGCUCAAAAAAUAAUAAACUGCAUUUUUCAUUGGCUGGACGGUCAGUUGAUGACCCAAAUGGACCCAUGUUGUUUUCCUGCAUGAAGAGGAAGUGCCCUUAGGCACUGAUUCAGGGUCAGGUGUUGUGGUGACUUUUCAUCAAGAGUAGAGCUUGGGUAGUGGGUAGGAUUAGCUGAUCCAUGGUCCGUGUUUAAGGACAUAAUGUUCCCACGCUGUCCAUUCCCGUUCCCAUUCCCACACUGCUUCAUCCGAUCCACACUGGGAUAUAAUUGGAGGCUGUUAAAGACUUUAAAACACUACUUUUCCCUUUUUUCUCCCUUCAUCCCCCCCCCCCCCCCCCCUUUCCCCUUUCCUCACCCACCUACCCCGUCUUCUUUCGCAUCGCUCAUUCGCUUUGAUGACAGCUGUGCUGUGUUUGAUUACGCCAGGUUGUAAAGGAUGAAAUCACGAUGACAAUAACGAUUACAGUGAUGACACUUAUGUAUCUCUUGAACGAGCGCUUUAUUUUAAGAGUGUUUGGGUUUUUUGAUUAUUUCGUCUUUUUUUUCCAAGAAAAAUGAAAAAUAUUUGUAAAAAGGAGAGAAAGAAAACUGACUAAAUGACUAAAAUACUCUUUUUAGUUGCAUCUAAUGUGUCGCCAUACUGCAAAAAGAAAAAAAAAAGAGCUAGCUGUAUCUAUUUAGUGCAUGACGAAAAAUACAUGAAGAAAAGAAAUCUCUCUUCUGCUGUCUGGAUGGGUCUUUAAUCACGUAGAGAUAACUGCGUAAUUAGGGGCGUUCACAUGCACUCAAAAAUCAGUUCAUAAUUAGAUUACAGUUCGGAUUGCAGUUAUUGUGAUUAUUCAGUUAAACAGCAUACUCUGAUUUCUUAGAUUGGAGUAAGAUCUAAAAAAAUCUGAUUAAUAAAUCUGAUAAAGAGAGCUGGAUUUUUGCUCAGUAAUUGGAUUUAUCGGUGCAUGUAAACUCUAAAACAGAGUAUAGGAUCUUGGAAUUAUUGUGUGCAUAUGGUUCAGGUUUUGCGCCUGAUUCUGCAAGAUGAUUGGCUGGUUGCGAUCUCUCCUGCAAAUCUGUUUAUUGCCUGACUGCUGUAAACACUUUGAUCAGAUUAUUGAUUAUGAAGUGCAUGUGAACACACUUAUUUUCAGCAGGGUUUUUAACAUUUAGCAUCUUCUUGUGAAAGCUAAUAAAUGAAGAAUAGGCAUAGUUGAAUUGGCUUUCUGUUUUGGUAUUGCAUUCUCACGAUUGGUUGAAGAGGUCAGUGAUUUUGUUUGGAUGGAUUUUAUCUUUUAUUUGAGAUUUUUAUUAUAAUUUUUUAAACUUUGCUAAGUUCCUCCAGCUACUGGGGGCUGGAUAAAUCUGUCUGUGUAUAUUACGUCUUUUCUGUUUUAUUCUAUUUGAUUUUUUUUUAUUUCCUAUGCAUUUCUGAGAUUUAUUUCCUCGCUCUGCCGACCUGCUCUUUAUUUAAUUUACGAUUCCCAUUUGGAUUCACACGUCAUGUGGUUGUAUGUGUUUUGUAAUGGGGGGUUUUCAGGGUCUGGGGGGUGGGAGGUUGGGCGGUUGGGAGGGUGGGGUUAUUCACUGUAUGUACAUGUUGUUUUCUCCAGUCAGCUUUGUGUUUUUGUAUGGUCCCAUGUUGCUAAUGUGUAAAAAAAACUAAAAAAAAAUAGAAAAGGAAAAGAAAAAAAAUCCUCUCUUCCUCAAACUCUCUCUCUAGAGGUUUGGGUUAAAUCCUCUCUGCUCUGGUUUUCUUGUUUCUUCUCUCAUUUCUUCUCUUUCACUCUGAUUCCUCGUCUCUCCUGCUGUCAGAACAGGUGCGUGCCGGAGGGCGGGAUUGUGCUGGAGCGAAUUUAAAAAAGGGGGGGGGGGGGAGGAGCAGGAAAUGAGAGAGAUAGAAAGAGCGAGAGAUAGAAAGAGCGAAUGGAGAGCCCAACACCUUUCCUGUCCUUAUCAGCCGUGCACAGUCUACACACACUCCUUUGUGUCGCCUCAUCUUUUGUUUUAUUGCGACUCGCUGUUGCUUUGGCCCGUUAUUGAGGAUUGUUUAUCAUGUGGCUUUGUUACAGGAUCUAGGCAGGGUUGCCAGAUUGUAGCUUUCCUCUGGUAUAUCAUACAAGCUGCACAGAGCCAGGGAAUACUGGAACAGAUCUGGCAGGACAGCCAGGGUAACAGAAUGCAGGUCUGAAGGUGAAAAACAAGUAGAGACAACUUGUCCUAAAACUUUUUGAGUUCUUUUAAUAGCAGAGGACAGAAAUGAGACAUUUUCCAGGGUCAGAUUGUUAAAGGUUUUGAGGUGUGCAGAUAUAAAGACCGUCGUACACCAGACGCAACGCAUCAUGCUUUUCUGUACAGCCCUUAAACAACUCUAAACUAUUGUCCGAGAAGGAGAUAAAUACACCAGUGCUGAGAGAAUGCUGGGAUAUGUGCACUGGAGCUUAAGAACUUCAAGCGCUGUUCAAUUCCUCAGUGCGGUACACUGUAGCUUGCAUUAUUACAUUAAAGCAGCACUAGGUAAGAUUUCCUUAAUUUUUAAACGUUUUAAAGAAGUAAAAUUACAGCUUGAAACUCACUGCAGCGCUGCAUUGAGGUGUAAUAGGAGGAAUAGCGGUGCUCUCGUGUCUGUGCCGGAGCUCCUCUGAGCUCAAACUAGACUGUAAGUUUUCCGAGGCGGCCGCGACCAACGCUCGCGAGAACUGCGACCUGCUUUCCGACCUUUAGUUCUAACAGUUCUACAAGCACUACUGGUUCAUUCUUUACAAACUAACAUACAGACACUCUGGCAGAAGCUGAAUAGAGACCGAAUAUGUCUGUGAAAACCAGAAAGAAAAACUAAUCGGCCUGUAAAAUGUAUUACACUCUACAACUGUAGAAGGAGCCCUCGAGCACAAAAUCUCAAUCCUACUUAGUGGAGCUUUAAGUAAAAAAAAAAAAAAAAAAAUUACAACAAAUUUUUUUAGUAUAUUAUGAAAUGCUACAAUUCUAUUAACAAAACCCCCUUUUGCCAGUGUUUGAGGACAAGCUCAUAAUCAUUGUAGAACCCCCACCAUUUCUCUAUAUGUUCUAAAAUGUUCUCUUCAGUCAGGACUGUUAUAAAGAGAAACGCAAUCCAUUCAAAGUUGAUCCAGAUUCAAAAUGCAUGUUAAUUCCAGGUGUAAACAGCCCAAGUUAACUUUUUCCUGCAUCUGAUUUACAUUAAAAAAGUGUGGCGUUUCUUUUUAAACAUCAGGGAGGAGCUCAGCUUUCUGAAUCCAGGAUCAGGACCUCAGCUGUGUGAUUUCUGUUUCUGAUUUUAAUCUGAUUUAAUGAGUCGUGGAGUGGACAGUGCACUGUAAGCUCUGUAAGUACUGUAAGUACGCCUCACUCUGAAACGUGUCUCACUCUCUCAGCUCUUCUAAUGAAUGUGACGAACACUACACUACCCAUCUAGCAUGCAUUAAAAAAACACGUCUGCACUGCUGUGGUGAGUGUCUUCAAAACAAUUGGGGAAUGUUGUACAGUAGAAAGUUCUCGUCUACAUCUUAAUUUUGGGGAUAUUUUUUCUGUAUCAUCUGCUUUUUGAAAGGUUUCCUGUACAGCAGUCUGUCUGGGAGUGGUUGGUGAUUGAGAUAUUCUGGGUUGAUUGUAGUUAAUUGCAGUGGAUGUUUGGGUUUUCUGAAGAGUUGGGAGGCGUGGGCAGACUGCACUGUAGAUACAGAGAAUUCAGAUUUCCUUUAGUUUCUUUCUCUGUGACUUUUUUUUCUUUUCUUCCUCUCUGUGUAAGUGUAUGGAACAUUUUGCUUUGACUGGGAAAACUAUGCUUUAUACACUGUAUUCCAUAAAUAAAGUUUUGAAUGUACAUACGGA